AUGACUGCCCCUCCAGCGUUCGGGCAAGCGCCCGGCGUUUCGCUUUCGCCAGCAGACCCAUUCUCUCCAACUGGAGGUAGCUUUGGCUCCAACAACCCUUUUAGAAACCGUGCUUUGUCUCCUGCAGCUCCCUCUACUGGUACGGAACGUCCUCGAUCGACAAAUCCCUUUUUAGACGACGUAGACGUUAUUUCUCCGCAAUCAGCUCCAGGAAUGUCUACGGGCGGCAGCCUUUUCUCACCUGUCGACCAGCAAGACAUGACUAGCAACACUCGUGAUUUAUUUGAGAAUCUUUCUCUUCAAGGUGCACCCACAUCUGCUGCACCGGCACCUCGAUCAAGUGCAUCUCGCCCCCCUCCCAGUAAUAAUAAUCCCCCUCGAGGACCGCCUAGUCUCUCCCGUCCACCGCGAGAGAGAAGGGAUCAAGAGGGUGGAGACCGUGAGCGUGGUGACCGGGAACGUGGAGAUCGAAGAGAGCGCCCGUCUGGACGACCAAAGGAUCCAAAGGAUCCCUUCGACAUUUUUGCCGACCCCCCUAGAAAGCCAUCGAGUGGCGUGAGACCUCGUGAUAAGUCUUCUUCUCGCCGACCCCGCCGCAAUUCCGAGUCAUCGGUGAUGGAUCGCUCAUCUAGAAUUUUCGAUGAUGAUGAUGAGCAACGACGACGAGAGCGCCGACGCCGUGAGCGCGAAGCCCGCCAUCGUGAGCGGGAUGGUAAACCUCGCUCUUCUCGCAAGAACCGUCAACUCGACAUUAUUGAUAAACUUGAUGUGACAAGCAUCUAUGGCACUGGCAUGUUCCAUCAUGACGGCCCCUUUGACGCAUGUAACCCUCAUCGCAACCGCAAGGGCUUGCGUGCUGCACCAAUGCAAGCGUUCCCCAAAGGAUCUGCCAACAUGGCUCUGGGUGGUUCCGGUCCACUCAACUCGAACAUCGACCUUAACCUCUUUCACGGCCGAACUGAAGAAGGCUAUAAUGACUUCUCUGGAGGAGCCAUUCAGCGCCAACCCGACACAGUCACAUUCGAUGCCACCGCUCGUAUCGACCCUAUCCACGGUGGUGAGACAGUUGGUUUAGGUACCAGCACUUUUCUCGACGGUGCUCCCGCCAGUCGCUCGGCCGCACGUCGCCAGAGUGAGAAUGAGGCGUCGAACGCUCAGAACGGAGGUCUUGCUCGCAAGAAGAGUCUGGCACAGCGACUGCGUGGACGAGCUGGUACCGGCCGUAUGCACUCCCCGACUGAAGGGAACUUUGUUGCACACCAUGCCCCUAUGGGCUCAAGCCACUCAGCAUCUUCUCGUGGUAAUGAGGGCAAUCCGUUCUUCCAGGACUACGACGAGGAGUGGGACAAGAAAGGAUCCCGGAUUGAGGAGUCACGUUUCGAGGGAGGUGGUCGAAUGCGCUCAUCCAGCAGCCCCAAGCAGGCAACAGGGCUGGAGCGCAAGCCUACCAAUGACCCGAUUUUUGAAGAGCCAAAGCUCAACUCAGGUGGCGGUGGAUUUUUGAACCGUAUGAAGAGCUUACGCAAGCCGCGCCCGGAGCGCCCGCGCCGCACCAGCAGUGAUCAAUAA